AUGCGCGACCAUCCAACCUCCGAAAAUAUAAGUGGUUUCUCGACUGCCGGGCGAUUGACUGGAAAAGAAAAAAUCAUCUUUGAGACAAGGCGAAUGCUGGGGCGCUCGCCGAUCCAAGCACUGUUCAAUAUUUUGUGCUGGAGACUUUAUCGUCAAUAUAAUGGUGCUUUGAACGGCAAAAAAGAGCGGCCUUUUUGUUUGUCACGAGAAGUCGGCAUAAGAUGCAAGGCGUUUCAGCGAUGUGCUUGUCCUGGAUUGCACCCACUUAACGAAUUGAUUAGGUAUACCAUUGCUCAACGUCGUCUGGAUUACGGCUACCGAUACCGUCUUAACGCUUAUAUGCAACGAGACAAAGCUCAUGUAUGUUUGGGUGCUCCAGUCAUUCAAGCUUGUGACCAAGGCACGAUUGUUGACACUGAUCGAGAGGUUGUGUUGAUGACUGCACUAGGCGUUGUGUUGUCUUGUGCGCAAGAUUUGUGUUGCGUAUGGCAUGUCAUCAAAAACAUUCUGGUCGAUGCAAACAAAACGUUUGUAAACACAUACGACACCAGUGCAUUUAUGGACGGCUGGGGCCUGCUUGUCUACUGUUCCAACGAGCAGGCAUUGAAGACAGCUGAGCCACAUUCACAACACAAACGGCGAUCAAAUCUAAAUACGUUGGUCCAAUAUGUGCGUGGUACUUGGCACAUUUACAAAGACAAGUACUUACGAUGUUGGACUGAUUGUUUCCCCUUUGAAACCACCAAAACCUCGCCCAAUAAGGGCGACCUCUAUGUCGUUAAAAGGAUUCUGGACAUCGUAAAUAACGAGCUACUCACGGUAUUUAACAGGAUUCGUCUACUUCUGUAUCCGCAGAUUACAAAAUUGAAUAUCAAAAUGGAGUCUCACAAUACUGCUUUGGCCCAUAGCCAGGAUGUUGAGCUCAUGAAGCUGCUGGUAAAGAAGGUAUCAGAUAUGCAUUGGAGAAGACUCUGA